ACUGUCUGUGUUAUUUAUGCAAUAGUAAUAAGCACGUCGAGAAUAGUCAACAAAGCAUAUUGUAACUAUUUUGAGAAAAUACCAACUCAUAACUUUUGUCGGUUAUGAAAAUCAUUAAUUUUCAUAACGUUGCUAAAAUGUCAAAAUGACUAAUGCUUGUGUAGUUUUUUUUCACUUCAAUAGACUGCGUGUUAACAUAGAAUAUGCUGAAACCUAAUUAAAAUGCUUGUGAUAUUCUUAUUUGACUGUUAAUGGUAUCUCCAAUAUAUUUUUAUCGUUGUAAACCGAUCAAUCUUCCGCUUUCUUGAAUUAAAAACGAGUCCUUAGGAUUGUACCCGGUUUUGACGUUAUGAUUUCAAAUGAUCACAAUGUCAGUGACAGCGCCUCAAGGUCAAUGUCAUUUGGAUCAAGUGAUUCAAACGAAAAGAUGGGUUCUUUUACAAAUUCGUACAUUAGCGCUCAUAGCGAUCUUUUGAACGUAGAAGCAAAGAGCGUUAAUGCGCAAAAAAAAAUUUGUAUGACCGGUUUAAAGGAAGUGGUUCCGCAUUUAGACUUCUCCGUGACUAAUGCACCGUCAAAACAUAGUAAAAAUAUUUUUAGUAGUGAGCACUCCAGCCAUCAUACACUGGAUUCCAGGCCUCACUUACUUGAUUAUGUCCUCACAAACUCUUUAAAUUCUGAUUCCGUUCAUGAAUGUCUCUCACAGACGCCCUUUCUAGAUUUAAAAAAUUCUAUUUUAACUCUAGUAGAACAACCGAUCGACACGUGUAUUAUUCAUCCAAAUUUUCCCAAAAAAAUGAACAAAAAUAUAGUGCGCGCAAAAAGAAAAUUUCCAUUGAAGAAAAAAAUUGUUUCCGCUUUAGUGACGUCUCUUGUUUUCAAUUCUCUACAAUUAAUGGAAAAAAAAAAUUUAAAGAAUACACCAAGAACAAUAGACAAUAAUUUAAACGGAUACGGUAUACUUCCAAAAUUUCAAAUGGAUACUUACUACUUAAUCCUUGAGUAUUCUGAACUUUUACAAGAAAAUGACAAGGAAAAAGGAUGGUUUUCAUUACUUCGACGAUCUCUUCUUCUAAUUGAUUUAUUUCUUUAUUUAAAUCGUUUGUAUAAUAUUUCACAAUUGAUUCCCUUACAAGAAAAAAUAUGUUUUAGCUGUGCUAGUUUAAUGAAAACUGAAGAUUUGUUUUGUAAAGUGUGCAAAGAAAAAUUAGGAUAUUUGGACUAUUUGAUUACGGCUCUUACAAGUGACGCUUCUUUCACUAUGUAUGAUUCUACCCUUGGAAUUUUAAUUUUAGUUUCUUUUUAUCAUUAUUCAUUAAAAUUGUUAUGUGAAUAUGUUUCUCAACAAAUGUAUUCUACUAUUAAUACUAGGAAUAGGUCUUCACAAAAAAAAAAUUUCACUCAAAAAAAACCUAUUCAAUGUGACACAGCUUUUUUUUCCAAUUUGGAUUCUUUAACGCACGUUCUACUUUUCAAUAACUCUCUUGAAGAUAUUAAUUCAAAAAUUUUAUAUAUAAAAAACUCCAUCCAGUCUUGUGAAGAUAAAAAAUCAAAUGUUUCUGAAUCCGUUUUAGUGUCUUCUUUCAAUCGAUUAUGUCAAUUAAGGUUAUCUUUAGCUGAAACUACUGUUCCAAAAAGAAAACAAUUUUUCUCCUCAAAUCCAACUCUUUCUUCAUCAUUUCCAUCAGAUGAAAAUGAAGAGAUGUCAGAUAAAACUGACACAAUGGAACAAUAUGAAAUCAAAACAUCUAUACCGCGAUACAUUGUAUGUGAUCUUGUUUUACAAGUGUGCGAUAUGAUCAAAAAUGGAAAAAGUGUGAAGAACAAGGUUUUGGACCUGGCACACUUAUCAAUGUGUAUUGGAAUAAUUACAGGAUAUCUUACAGAAAUAAUGAUGACUGAUGUAACAAAAGAAUCAGUACUUCUGGAAGAACUCCUUCUUCUUGUUCUACAAUGUGUUACAGAAACAUUAGCCUAUCGCAUUAACUGGAUGCAGCGUAUCAUCGCGGGUAAACAAAAAACACCCUGUGAUUAUCCACCUCCAUCUAUAAGUAUUUUUUCUGUCCUUGACAAUGUUGUUACAAAGUUUUGUAAACAAUCAACACUAUUGAAAAAGAUUAAAUCCUCAUUUUUACAGAAACUACAUACAGAGAUUUCUCAAAAUACCUUUAAAAAGCCUUCUCCUAACAAAGAUGUUGAAGAUGAUGCUUCAAUACAUAUGAAAGAUAUAAAAAAUGGAGAUAAAGAUCACCAUACUAUUUCUCGAUGUUUUUGGGUAUCUGCCUCCGCUUCACUGGUUAAUGACAUCGUCGUUAAGAAUCGCCAAACGUUAUUACAUACCUGGAAGAUUCAUUUAAAAACAUUAUUAAGUGGCAGUUCUAUUGUAAAAAUUGGGUUACACACCAACGCUUCGGCUUUGACACAGAAUAUAUCACCACAAGUUACUCAUUUCGCUUCUAGUUUUCCAGUCAUUCAGUGGGCACAGCCUAGCUAUCCUCAUAUUUUUUAUAUCAAACAAAAAAAAAAUGUUUCACAAAAUGGAAAGGAUUUCUAUGAUGACUGCACAUGCUUAAAAAUUGUGGAAAGUCGAGCGAUUCUUCGUUUGGAUUUUGAUUUAGUUGACCCGCACAUCAUUUCCGUCUUAAAAUCGUGUCAAUCAAAAGAAGCUUUAGCAACUAUUAAUUUUUUUGAUGAAAAGAAUGACUCACAAGAGCCAGUUUUCUUGAAAUUUUUGUCUAAAACGGAAGACGUUGUUUUGAAGAAAAAAGCUUUUUUCAAAAACAGUGGAAUGUAUUCUAACAAUAAAGUAUAUGGUUUAAGUAGUAUAGCAGAAAUUUUAAAUUUACCCAACAAAUCAUCCACUUCUUGGAACACUGAAACAAUUUUCCCUUACGGUUUAGAUAUCUCUUCACAAGCAUUGAAUGCUUUAAUGGUAAAGAAAAUACCCGAACUAUUGAAACGUCAUGAAUACCUCAAUUUUCUUAAUCUUAUGCUUGUUAUACAACCCGAAGCAUUAGUACAAAGUACCUCCAAUAUAUUUGUAGAAUGUACUAUUUAUACAGACUCUUUUUAUCAAAAUUUCAUCUCAAAUAAUCCCUCCAAAUCCGUGUCAGGUGUUGCUUUAGCGUGGUUAAAAAACGUCUUGAAAACCCCUCAAAGUAUUGAUUCAAUUUUGCAUAACGAUUAUACUCUCAAUCAUGACGGUCUUCUUUCCAAAUCUCAGUCUUCAUUGUUAUAUUCCGGAAAACGUCAUUUGAACACACCAAAUAAAAUUCACGAAACGACACAGAAACGCUCGAAAACAAUUAAAACAAAUUUGCAAGUUUCUCCAUUAUGUAACAAUGAAAUCUCUCAAGCGCACAUAUUCAAUCAAAGGUUAAACAAAAUAAAUUCUGAAUCUUCAGUAUUUUCUUAUAGUGAAAGUGCUAGUCAUACAACGCGUCAUUUAUUAACUGAUCAACUGCUCAACACACAAACUUCCGGUACUGCAACAAAACAACAAACGGAUUGCUUAGUCUUCGGUAACGAUACCCGCCACAAAAGGACUCCACGAAAUUCUGUACUAGAAAAAAAAACAUUAGAAAAUUUAACUAAAACUCAAAUUUAUCAUUAUACAGAAAAAAAUCGUCUUGAUUUAAGCUGUGGUACAACCCACUCAGAGGAGUCUCCAAACGAUAUAAGACCUAGUGGAGAUUCAAAAAAAAAAUUAGUUUUGAGAAACGUGUUAAGCGAGCGGGAAAGACGCCAUUCCGAUUUAUUACAGAGAGAAGGAACUAAUGUUAGGCAUGAGUUGAAAAAAGAAGAUGACGACAUCCUUGACCUUAAUCAACAACAUCAAGUUGACGAAAAAUAUAUAACCGGUAAUGGAACAACUAAAAGCAAUAAUAUUGGUAAAGCUAUGAAAACAUUGCCUCACGCUCGGUUUUGGAUUUGGGACGUCAACAUUUCUAUUUCGUCCCGCUGUUCCAGAAAAAGUUGUAAACGGACUGAAAAAGGUAUUACACAGGUAUCCGAAAACGUUAAUCGUCACGAAACUGUUGUGGGAAAGCAAAAUACCACGUUUCAAAGUAUUAUUUACUACUGUGGACCUAUCUUAGCCGGUGACGCAUGUCGUCGAGUUUUUAAACGAAGGCAAAUUAUUAUUUCUAAAAAGUUGCAACUUUUCCAAGACGUCGUUAAACUCAGCCGUGUACUUUUUCAGUAUUGGAGACGAGCACUUUUUUUAUUUGAUUGUGUACAACAAAAUGAGUAUGAUUUGUUUGCGUGGGGUAUUCUGCCUGUACGAGCUAUUCACCAUCCUAAUCUAUGGGUUCCACUACCUACAGGAUUUUUUGAUGCUGAUUCGUACGAUAUGUCGUCUAUUAAAACUAAAAAAAAUAUAUCAAAGGAAACAUCCGUACCAUUGAUGACUAAACGAGCAUCUCAUUUAAAUUUACCAAAAAAAAUAGUGUGUAAAAACCAAAGAAAAACGAAUUGUUCAUGGUUAUCCCGAACAUUAUCGAAAUAUUUUAGAACGUCUUCAAAAAAUUAUCAAACCAUUUUAUCACAAUUCGAUUCGAAAAUACGAAGACGUAACCGCCCAGGCAAUUUUCAAAAAUCUUUAGCAAUAAACAGACAUCGACUUUCUGUUAAUUCAAAUUAUACUAAAAUUCAUAAUAACGAGUCUUUACCUUUCAACUUUUCUUAUGAACCAUUUUCAAUACAUGAUUUUGUUCAAAGACAAAAGGUGUUUAAAUUUCUGUCACCGAAAACCUCUCCUGAAAACAAACCUUUUCCUUUUCGCUCAUCUUUUCCUCUUUUAAGAGGUUCCAAAGUUGUUGAAAUUGAAAUACAACAAGAAAAUCGUGCUUCCUUGGCCAAAUCGGUGCACACGUGA